CUGUUAAAGCCACCGUACCGCAGGAAGUAGGAUGAUAGAGGAAGUAAACAAACUGGGCUGCUGUGCUGUAGCGGUUCGUUAACCUAGUGUUUUAUCUAAAAGCAGAAAAUAGUAAGAAAUGUGGUGAUUUGUUUCUAAUCAGCAGAUAAUGCUGCAGAUGUACGUGGGUGUCAGAUAGAUUUCAUUAACUCAGCAGCUGUCACCCAGCACUAAAGUCAGUGUAAUCCACCAAGCAUCACCAUGUCAAGGAAACAGUCAGGAAAGCCUGUGCGUGGGAAUAGAAAAUGCGACCUGGAGAGAAAGAGGGAUGAGCGAGCUGCUCGCAGGGCUCUGGCCAAAGACCGUAAGAAUCGACCUCCAGGGGAAGGUGAAGGAGAGGAGUUUGUCAGUUUCUCCAAUCAACUGAAAGCUCUUGGACUUAAACUGAGGGAGGUUCCUGGAGAUGGAAACUGUUUGUUUCGAGCUCUGGCAGAUCAGCUGGAGGGACACUCGCGAGGGCACUUAAAUCUGCGUCAGGAGACUGUACAGUACAUGAUGUCACACCGGCAGGACUUUGAACCUUUCGUUGAGGAUGAUGUGCCAUUCACUCAGCACUUGUCAAAUCUUGCACAGCCUGGCACGUUUGCUGGCAAUGACGCAAUAGUAGCCUUUGCUCGCAGCCAGCAGUUGAAAGUUGUGAUCCAUCAGCUGAACGCUCCACUGUGGGAGAUCAAUGGGUCAGAUAAGCCCUUAUGCCGGGAGCUGCACAUAGCAUAUCGUUAUGGUGACCAUUACGACAGUGUGCGUCACAUUGGAGACAACUCCGAAAGCCCUGCUCAUCUGCGAAUUGAGAAUCUGAAUAAUUCAAGACGGUUUGGUGACGGUCAAAGGGGCAAGCAGAGAGCGCCCUCCCCCUGCCACUCUCCCUAUGAAGAAGAGGAAGUCAUCCUGAAUUCCCUUUUGGCCAGCAGCUUGAAUAGUCAAGAUGAGAAUAUGUGCCAAUCAAGUGCCACCUCACAAAAGUGCCAUGCAGAAUGGCUUGAACCUGAGCUGAGGAACCAAUCAUCACACUGUGAAUUUGAAACAGGGACACACCCUCAGUGUCAAAGCAAUCAUGCAGACUGUAGUGACAACAUAUCGCCACCAGAGAGCAGUACUACACACAAACCCAAGCUUACCAGUAAACAAAGGAAAGAGCAACAGCGUCUAGAGAAGAAGAAGAGGCAGGAAGAGAGGCACAGACAGAAGGUUCUUCAAGGCAAAGGAUCACAUGACCAGAAUCAGAAUCUGCCUGAACCAGUUACCCUUGUGCCAGCUCUCAACACUCUAAGCAUCUAAAACUAUCAUGGACAAAAACAAACACUCUCUAAGGUUGAUCUCUGCUGCUUUAUAUUCAGUUUUCCAAGUUUGUUGAGAAAUUGAGAUGUUGUAGGUUGUUUAAAUGUACACAAAAUGGUUAUCUGUGUGGGAACUUGUGUUCUGGCUUAAAUGCUGGUGCUGGAAUGACAAAGAUGACAUAGUAUUAGCUUUUUCGGGUGAAGCUGGCUGGCCUGUCAUGCUAUAUGCUCUUUUUAGAGAGCCUUCCAUGGUUGCCUUAGCUGAAACGAAUAUAGUCCAAUUUUAUUCUUCAUUUCAUUUUCACUCUGAUUUAUUGCCAAAGAACACUUGCGAAGGGAUUCAAACAAAAUGGAGAUCGAGAUUCAUACGAAGAGUUCUUUCCACUGAAUUGUAAGGAUUUCAUUUCUGUAAGUCAGUGCAUGCACCUCAUGAAUGCUGUCAAUCUUUAAAUUUGUAGUGUUUGAUUUCACUGGGUUUACCUUUUGCAUUCCCUUGUAGAGAUUUGUCAUCUCUCUAUUUUGGAAUGAAGUGCAAUCUAAUAAUAAAUGGGGAUUAUAGAGAAGCUUGAUGUGCUUCCAGCUGUUCAUAUGAGGAGAGGAAUAUUUAUUGCUCAGAUGGGUUGAGGAACUGUUCUGUAAUGAGAAUUGACCUUUUGUUACUUCGUUAGUUCUUGUUCCUGGUCAUAUUAAAAAUGAUUCAUCAUCCCGUACCAUUAAAAAGACAAAAUUCUU